CGCAUAUCUCUCUGUCUCUUUCUCUCAGUUCUCUCUCCUCUUCCAGUCUCUCUGACCGUCCGUCCCGACAGAUCUCAGUUCUUUGAAUAUGAGUCUUUAAUUGUGAGCUGUGAGGUUCAGGGGAACUCUGCUGGAUGGACACUGAAGAGAUACACAUCGACUGGGAAGCUUUCAGCUUGUGGAACGGACUGGGGAAAACAUCAAGGGUCUUCUUGCAUCGUGUCACUAAUCCUAUCAGACAGCGGAGUGUACUGGUGUGAGUCUGGGUCUGGACAACACAGCAAUGCUGUCAACAUCACAGUACACGCUGGUGCUGUGAUCCUGGAGAGCCCUGUCCUUCCUGUGACUGAGGGAGAUUCUGUGACUCUGCACUGCCGAUAUCAGGGAACUUCCUCUAACCUCACAGCUGAUUUCUACAAAGAUGGAUCCCUCAUCGGGACUGAGACUACAGGAGAGAUGACCAUCCCUGCAGUAUCCAAGUCAGAUGAAGGACUCUACAAGUGUUCCACCUCUGAAGGAGAAUCACCAGAGAGCCUGAUGACUCUGACAGCUCCAACCCCAGACCCCACUACAGUGUUGUCCAUGUCUCUGCCCAGGCUGCUGGGUAGUCUACUGGUGGUGUCUCCCUACCUGCUGGUGACCGUCGUACUGCUGGUGAAAUGCAACAGACGUCGGGCUCAAGGUGAGCGUUUUGAAGAAGAGUGAGUCUGGGACACACCUGAUCACCAUGACAACACUCAAAAUGGAACACAAGGCAUUCAAAAUUCUGGAACUGUUAUUUACAUACAAAAACAUGUCUUCUUCUUCUGGUCCAUAAUAGGGGCCUUUUUAUAAAAUACGAUUUAUUUAACUGCUUAGAUGUAUUUUUCUUAUUUUUAAGGUGUUUCAAUAUAUGUUGUGUUGUAUAAUUCAGUCAGCAGCAGUCUUUUUAAAGGUGGAGGUAAUCUGUAGAUCGAAAAUACAAAAUACACCCAGCCACUGUUUUGGUAAACAGCUGUGUAACCUAUACAGACAAGCUGACGUGUUUUUAGUUCAGACAUUGAUAUGACUAGGACUAUCUGAGAAUAUAACUGAUUGAUUUGAAUAUAAAAGUAAUAUAGGCCUGGUGUUUUUUUUUGUAAAGCUUUUUUUAUUUUUUCAAUUUAACAUCUAGAUACUAUUUUACAUGUUGUAACAUGAAUUAAUUUCCUCAUUCCUGUAUGA